ACCACCGAUGUCUCUGAUCGUGUUGAGCGCGCUCGCAAACUGCUGCAGGAAAAACGGGAUAGAGAGUUGGAGGGGGCCUUUGAACGAAACCGCCAGGCUGAAAUUGAGCGGCGGCGUCUUGGGAAACAACUGGUGGAAUUUAAGGUAGUGUAA